GAAAAGGCGCGUUGGGUUUGCUCACGUUUGGAGAGGGAAGAGCGCAGGGAACCUCGCCGUCUUCACUGGAUUACACAAACCAAAAAGUGUCCUCAACUCCUCCUCCUCCUCAGUCGACAUGACAGGACGGCCGCCUCUCUCGACAGAGCAGACCUCGAGAUGAUUCUCACCCGAGCCGAAGCCUCCUGAAACCGGACGGUGUUUUUUUUUUUUUGGCGCUCGUGCGGAGGAGGCGCAGAGACGCGGAUGAAGAUAUAACCACCGCGGUCGCUUCUCCCAGGCAUUUCGGGAUUGUAUAUAUUUUUUUAUUCCCCGGCGACGCGAUAACGGAUUUUUGUUUUUUUUUGUUUUUGUUUUUUUUUGUGUGUUUUUGAGCGCGCGCGCGUGCGUCCGCGUGUGAUGACCGCGCUCCGAAAGACGAGAGAGAAAGACUGAAAUCGUACGCCGGCGAGCGCGCGUCCGAAAUGUGGUGACUGAAAGUUGCUCGAGAAGAAAUAGGAGGGUCCGAGUGUCACGCAUGUAGAGGGGCUUCGUAGCCGGUACGUCCUCAAAAGCUCCGGAAUGCUCUCGUAGGCUAAACCGAUCCGUGCUGGGUGCGUGUUUUGCGAUCUCGAUGCAUUUAAAAGAACCUCUCAGAACACGGAGCUGACAUUUCUGACAAACGAACGCCGUUUAGACCGAUCGGAUCCUCCAAACGGGAAUUACUUAACGAGAGCGAGAGAGGUCAUAUGAACUGCACGGGGCUAGAAGUGCGUCUCACGGAAAUCUUGGGUUGCGGAUCUGACGGAAACACGUGCUAUUCGGUCUCAUCUGCGGCAGCGAUGCUUUUCCACGGUCUGCCCGGAGGCGAGAUGCAUGGUGUUAUGGAAGAAAUGGAGCGGAGAGGAAAGAGCGAUUCGGCGACUAUCAGCUCGGCCAUAGAUAUGGGGGAAACAGAAACGAACAUGCCUUCGAUCAGCGGGGACCGGGUGGCUCUGUGCGCGGGCUGCGGAGGGAAGAUCUCCGACCGCUAUUACCUGCUCGCCGUGGACAAGCAGUGGCACAUGCGCUGUCUGAAGUGCUGCGAGUGCAAGCUCAACCUGGAGUCUGAACUCACCUGCUUCAGCAAAGACGGAAGCAUCUACUGCAAAGAAGACUAUUACAGGUUUUCGGUGCAGAGAUGUGCCCGGUGCCACCUCGGGAUCUCGGCCUCGGAAAUGGUCAUGAGGGCCAGGGAUUUGGUGUACCACUUGAACUGUUUCACCUGCACGACUUGCAACAAAAUGCUGACGACUGGGGACCACUUCGGCAUGAAAGACAGUCUGGUGUACUGCAGGCUACACUUUGAAACGCUCAUCCAGGGAGACUUCCCCACGCAUUUCAAUCACACGGAUGUAGCGCCUAAUAAAGGACUGGGCAGCGCGGGCCCUCUAGGACUGUCUUAUUAUAACGGCGUGAACACGGUGCAGAAGGGCCGGCCCCGAAAGAGGAAGAGCCCGGGGCCCGGAGCGGACUUGGCGGCUUAUAACGCAGCUCUGAGCUGCAACGAGAACGAUGGCGAUCCCAUGGACAGAGACUCGCAGUACAGCACCAGCCAGAAGACCAAGCGCAUGAGAACGUCGUUUAAACACCAUCAGCUGAGGACCAUGAAGUCGUAUUUUGCCAUCAACCACAAUCCCGACGCCAAGGAUCUGAAACAGCUGGCCCAGAAAACAGGCCUCACCAAGCGUGUCCUGCAGGUCUGGUUCCAGAACGCCCGGGCCAAGUUCAGACGAAACCUCCUGCGCCAGGAGAACACGGGAGUGGACAAGGCCUCGGACGGCUCGACCCUGCCCGGAGGAACGCCGUCCGGACCGGCCUCGGAGAUCUCCAACGCCUCCAUGAGCCCGUCCAGCACUCCCACCACCCUCACGGACCUGACCAACCCCACGAUGCCCACCGUCACCUCCGUACUGACCUCCGUCCCGGGCAGCCUGGACGUCCACGAAUGCCGGAGUCCUUCGCAGAGCACCUUAACCAGCCUCUUCUGAUGCUCGGAUCGAACCUGAAACGUAAACCGAUCUACCUGGGCGUUUUUAUAACUCCGCUCCCAUUUAAGAGACUGAAAAAAACGAGAAACUCUUCGUUUAGAGUAUUGCAUUUCGGGGCAGACUCAAGUUUCACCGAAGGAUCUGUUGAUAAGAGACUGAUUUGCUUUUACUUUUUUUUAAUGUCCCCCUUCCCGACCGUGUUUACAGAGAGAGACUGAGCCGGGAAACGCGUUCGUCCGUCAACCUCUUAUUUAUGUUCACGCACAGGAGUCAGUGUGAGGAAACUGGAUUAUAAUGUGAAUAAUUACAGCGUAACCUAGCCUGACUGUCACGUGCCUUAUCCUGCAGCGUAGUCACUGAAGCCCCUUUAGCAACGCUAAACGAACUACGUCAGAAAAUGUGUACCUUCAUUUGUCGGAUGAUGAAAACGGUUGAGUUAAUCACACGUGCACACACACACACACACACACUCUCAUUCCAACAUAUUACCUCACUCAGAAAUCACUGGAUACGAUAGCAGUACAUACGAAAACCCCGAAAACACGUUUCAUGCACUGGGCGAGAAAAAGCGGCCGUGGAGAGUUUGUACAAAGAAAAAACCUUGAUCGGAAACGGCGCCAUGUAAUGGAGCUCAUCACAGACAAACACUGAUUUACGGAAUGAAACACUUCGGUUAGGUGAUUUUUUAUUAUUAUUAUUAUUUUUUUUUUCUCUCAACCAUUAAGAUGUGACAGUGUUGGAGACAGGGUAAAUGUUUCCAUGGUAACCAGAGGCUGCUUGUUGAAAUGCUGUACAGUUUUGACAGAUUAUUGAGAAAUUUCGAGUCCACUCCCUGCAGUAUCCCCCCUUUGAUGUAAAUCUUCAGUUCUGUAAAAAAUAUAAAAAAAUGAAUCACUGUU